AGGCUUGAAGAGUUCUAUGGACGUGAGGUGAUUGUUGCUGACAGAGAAAUGGUGGAACAAGGUGCCGAUGAGAUGCUCGCAGGGCCCAACGAUGAUGACAUAGCCAUUCUAGUGGUGGGAGAUCCGUUUGGUGCCACUACACACUCAGACUUAAUGCUACGCGCAAAGGAGAAGGGAAUGGGAGUGGAAGUCAUACACAAUGUGUCCAUCAUGAAUGCCGUUGGCUGCUGUGGUUUGCAACUGUACUCGUAUGGAGAGACCGUGUCGAUAUGCUUCUUUACAGACGAGUGGAAACCAGACAGCUUCUACGCGAAAAUCCGAGAAAAUAGGAAAAGGGGACUACACACUCUCUGCUUGUUAGAUAUCAAAGUUAAAGAAAUGACCGUGGAAGAGAUGAUGAAAGGCAAAUACGGAAAGUUCCAGCCCCCGCGUUAUAUGACAGUGAAUCAAUGUAUAGAACAACUCAUGGAGAUCGAAGAAAUACGUAAUGAAGGCGUUUAUGACUGGGAUACCGUUUGCGUAGGACUCGCACGUGUCGGGCAACCCACACAGACAUUGAAAGCCGGAACUAUGCGAGAGCUCUUGAACGAGGACUUUGGUGGGCCACUGCACUCUUUUGUUAUUGCUGGCGAUUGCCACUUUUUUAGAGACAGAUAAUCUGAAACAAUUUGCUGUCAACGAAGAUUCGCUCAACAAUCUAUCGAAACAGUAAAUCUACGGGGGGAAACAGCGGUGAAUAUGUCUUUUCAAAAAACAAACAAACCAAAAUACAAAACUUAUGCUUUCUAAAACAUUUCGAGCAAAUAUAGAAAUAAAUACGUGUACAAUUGUACAUACGUA